GACGACGCGAAAUACACAGUGACGUCAAGAAGCAUCUGAUCAACAUGUCUUCUACUUCCUCCUUGCCAAACCUUGACCUUGAAAAAAGGUCAAGGACUGAGUCACCCUCUGACUCGUGUGAUGAACACAUGCAACAUGAAAAGUUUGAUCCAUGUCAGUUACUGGAGAGGUCACAGUCUGAUGCUUCCUUGACCAAGACAAAAUCACAAACGUCGCAAUGUAGGAUGUCAUACACAAAGACACAAAACACAUCUAAUUCUGCAGAACAGCUGGAAAAACCAGAAAAGAAAAAUAGAGUAUCAGAAAGUUCAAGGGUGUAUUUUGAUCUUUCACAAAUAGACACAAUGAUUGAAAAUGAAACUGUUUCUUCUUCAUCGUUCACUCAUACAGAUUCCAGGUCUAAGUUAGUCCUGGGUCAGUCGCUGGAAACCAUCCCGCAGGGCGAGGAGCUGUCCCUCAGUCACCCCUCCUCCCACUGUAUGUACUCCGCAUCCAACGAAACAGAAUCAGAGGCAAGUGAAUUGGACAGUGAAGAUUAUGAAGACCUGUCCAGCUUUUACAAGAAAUAUCCAAUAGUUAUCCCUUCAGUGCUGUCGUCAGAUUCUCAUCUUUCUUACCACUAUAAGAACAACCUAAAGCUCACCUACCAACAGUUUGGCCAACACCUUGAGACUCACAUUACAGCCCUCAAGAGUGCCAGCGCUGUGGAGGAGAUUAUGCAUCUUGGAAAGAUUUUGAGUAUACUAAAGGAGGCGUGGAGUGUGGCGGUGUACGGCCGUGACCUGGCCUACGGUCUGUGUGACGUGUUACGUCUGGAAGGUGUCCUCGAUCUGAUAAUAAAGAAUUGUGGAUCGACCAACCAUGACCUUAUGGUGGCUUCAGCUGCACUACUAGAACAAUCGUUAUCAACGAAGAACCGGGAACGUGUCGUAAAAACAGGACUGGAAGCUGUGGUGGGCAUGACGUACAAGGAAAUCGGUAAUACAGACAUGGCAUUUAUAAGUACAGGGAUUUUGGAAGGACUUUUUAAAAUGUCUGAAGAAGCUUCAACAAAAAUUGUGAAUCUUGGUGGAUUGGAUGUAAUUCUACACUGGUGCCGGAGUUGCACCAUAGAUAUUCUCCGUCACUGUGCCAAAGCCAUUUCUAACCUGUCCUUGUUCGGAGGCAUGGAAAACCAGGAGGAGAUGGCACGGCAUAAUGUGCCGGAGUGGUUAUUCCCCUUGGCGUUUAAUGAAGACAAUAAUGUUAGGUACUAUGCUUGUCUAGCUAUUGUGGUGCUGGUUGCCAACAAAGAACUUGAGGCGGCAGUAAUAAAGUCUGGAACCCUCGACCUGGUCAUGCCUUUUAUAAGCAGUAACAAGCCAGCUGAUUUUGCCAAGAGUGAUUUUUCACAUCAACAAGGGCGCGACAAUAUGUGGCUUGAGCGACUUGUUCCCAUCUUAUCUAGUCAUCGGGAGGAACCUCAGGCCCUGGCAGCCUUCCACUUCGCUAUGGAGGCUGGCAUCAAGGCAGAGCAAGGCAGACUUGGGAUAUUCUAUGAUAUUGAUGCAAUAGAACCACUGAAGAAAGUGGCGAGCAGUCCGAACGCCAAGGCUUCAAAGUUAGCUGCCCAGGCUCUCAAGAUCAUUGGAGAAGUGGUCCCUCACAAGCUUACACAACAGGUGCCCAUCUGGUGCCCCUCAGAUGUCGCUCACUGGGUCACGCAGAUUGGAUUCAAGACGUAUGCCAGCAAGUUUCAGAAUUGUCAGGUAGACGGCGACCUUCUUCUGCUGCUGACAGAACAGGAACUGGAGGAGAGCAUAGGCAUCAAGUGUCGCCUGGCCCGCAAACGAUUUAUGCGGGAACUGUUGAACCUGAAGAUCACAGCAGACUACUCGUCACUGGACCGUAGCCAGCUCGACUCCUGGCUGACACGACUCCAGCCUGAAAUGUCUCAAUACACAUACUACUUGUUGAAGCAGGGAAUGACCCGGGACCUCCUAGGACUGACCACCGACCAGGAGCUCAUGAACGUCUGUCAUAUCACCAACGGUAUCCACCGACGCCUCAUACUUGAACACGCCGAAGAUCUCUACAACUGUCAGAUCCAGCUGCCAAAGUAUGGCAGUAUCGGAAGUCUCAACCGCCAGAAAAGUGUGGAUGUAGCAAGUCUGAUGGCAUACCCAAAGGCUGUCGACGUCUUCAUCAGCUAUAGACGGUCCAAUGGCUCUCAACUCGCUAGUCUGCUCAAGGUACAUCUACAGUUGAGAGGUUUCACAGUAUUUAUCGACAUAGAACGGCUACGUGCAGGAAAAUUUGAUGAGAACUUAUUGAUGAACAUCAAACUGGCUCGCCACUUCCUGUUAGUUCUGACUCCGGACGCACUGGAUCGCUGUAAAGGGGACGUGGAUCAACAAGACUGGAUACACAAGGAGAUUGUUACCGCCCUUGAGAGUGAUUGUAAUAUCAUUCCCGUGCUGGACAACUUUGAGUGGCCUGUUCCGGAGGAACUUCCCAUUGACAUGCAACAGGUCGUGUAUUUCAAUGGAGUCAGGUGGGUCCAUGACUACCAGGACGCAUGUGUUGACAAGGUUGAAAAGUUCCUCUCAGGGGAGAUGACUCCACUACAGAAGUUUCCUGUUGGAGCCCCUCAGGGGGGUCUAAAGGUGACAUCACCAGAAAAACCAUUUCGCAGCCCUGGGGAGAAGUCAUUUCAUAGUACUGGGGAGAAACCAUUUCUUAGUCUGGGGGAGAAACAGUUUCACAGCCCUGCUGAGAAAUCAUUUCAAAGUCCAGGGGAGAAGUCAUUUCACAGUCCAGGGGAGAAGUCAUUUCACAGUCCAGGGGAGAAGUCAUUUCACAGUCCAGGGGAGAAGUCAUUUCACAGUCCAGCGGAGAAGUCAUUUCAAAUAUCUGAAGGAGAGAAGUUGAAUCCUGAUGAAGCAGAGAAAUUAUCACAGCUGAAAAACAAUAACAACACGAGUGAUAGCAUUCCAUUACCAUCGUGAACUAUGAAGAUUGGGUACAGCAAAUUCUUCAUGAUGUCAUGUGUCAGUACAAAGUGUGAUAUAAUGUGAAGCAUGACAUUAACAGGAACACAUAUUUUCUGUGGAAUUGAAGAACUUUUUGUAUAAAGUUUGAAAGCCUGUCAAUAUAUAUAGAAGUUACUUGUGCUAUAUAUACACCAAAUUUCUCAUGACAUUGCAAAAAUAGUUAAAUACACCUCUUCAGCAACAUGGGAUUGUGAUAUUAACUGUUACAUGAUAUUAAGACACAUGACAUUAUGAGGAGUCUGCUGUAUUUGUAGUUUUUAUUAAUUGAUUUAGAGAUAAUUGGACAUUAUUGAAUUUUACCUGAAGCAUUAUAAUGUGAAAUAUAUAGAUGAAACAUCAAUUUUUCACUCCAUUGGUAAUUCACAAAAUUAAAACAUUGCAUAAAAAAUCAAAAUUCAAAUUUGUGAAAUUUGAUACCCACAGUGUUUAGAUAUGUACAGGUUUCUCAGAGUGUUAAAGUGUAAUGUAAUCUAUAGCUGUUGAUUCUGGUAUCCUUAGAAACUAUACAGCCUGUAUCCCUGUCACCUGUAUCAAUAGAUACUGUACAGCCUGUAUCUCUGGCACCUGCAGUAUCCAUAUAUACCAUACAGCCUGUAUCCCUGUCACCUGUAUCAAUAGAUACUGUACAGCCUGUAUCCCUGUCACCAGUAUCCAUAGAUACCAUACCGCCUGUAUCCCUGUCACCUGUAUCCAUAGAUACUGUACAGCCUGUAUCCCUGUCACCUGUAUCCAUAGAUACUGUACAGCCUGUAUCCCUGUCACCAGUAUCCAUAUGUACCAUACAGCCUGUAUCCCUGUCACCUGUAUCAAUAGAUACUGUACAGCCUGUACCCCUGUCACCUGUAUCCAUAGAUACCGUACAGCCUGUAUCCCUGUCACCAGUAGCAGAUCACUGACCUCUAAGGUCAUCUUACAGAAAAUGUUGUUGUUUACAUAUAAAACCAGAGAAUGUCUAAACCUCAUAAGAAACUUUAACACUGUCAAUUAUUUCUGAUAACCUACAUGUUCAUAUUUAAGUCACAGAUCCUGUUCACUAGAUUUAGGGAAUAUUUAUGUUAUAAUCUUUUGUUGAAUUUUCACAGUGUAUGAUGUUAUAUUUUAAUUGCAUUAAUCUAUUGAUAUUAACCUGUACAUAGAUGAACAAAGAUACCAACAAAAUAAUUUUGUCAGAAAACCUGAAUGUAAAUAUGAAAUGUUUAUUGUAUUUACGAGCUCAUGGAUGCUACAACUAAUGGUUUGAUAUUGUAUUAUAUGAGCUAAUACUGUAUCAUCUGGCUGUGGUAUUGUAUAAUAUGAGCUAAUACUGUGGUAUCACAAAGGUCUUUACUUUGAGAACAUUCUCAAUUACCAAAAUCAGAAAUAGGUUUUGAUAAAAUACAGUUAUCUUAUAACAGUGAAUGAGUUCAGUAAAAACUGAAUAGACCGGAGUGUUAAAGUUUGAGGACAUUUUAACUGUAAAGGGAGAGUUGAUAAUAUGUUAAUAUUACGUACUGUUUAAUUUUCUAUACAAGGAAUAGGGGUGUGUUAGUCACCUCCCUGUCAGCAUUGGAGCUACCUCCCUGUCAGCAUUGGAGCUACCUCCCUGUCAGCAUUGGAGUUACCUCCCUGUCAGUGGUGUAGUCACCUCUCUGUCAGUGGUGUAGUCACCUCUCUGUCAGUGGUGGAGUCACCUCCCUGUCAGUGGUGUAGUUACCUCCUUGUCAGUGGUGUAGUCACCUCCCUGUCAGUGGCGUAGUCACCUCUCUGUCAGUGGUGUAGUCCCCUCCCUGUCAGUGGUGUAGUCACCUCUCUGUCAGUGGUGUAGUCGCCUCCCUGUCAGUGGUGUAGUCACUUCCCUUUCAGUGGUGUAGUCACUUCCCUGUCAGUGGUGUAGUCGCCUCCCUGUCAGUGGGGUAGUCACCUCCCUGUCAGUGGCGUAGUCACCUCUCUGUCAGUGGUGUAGUCUCCUCCCUGUCAGCAUUGGAGUUACCUCCCUGUCAGUGGUGUAGUCACCCCCCUGUCAGUGGUGUAGUCACCUCCCUGUCAGCGGUGUAGUUACCUCCCUGUCAGUGGUGUAGUCACCCCCCUGUCAGUGGUGUAGUCACCUCCCUGUCAGAGGUGUAGUCACCUCUCUGUCAGUGGUGUAUUCACCUCCCUGUCAGUGGUGUAGUCAUCUCCCCGUCAGUGGUGUAGUCACCUCCCUGUCAGUGGUGUAUUCACCUCUCUGUCAGUGGUGUAGUUACCUUCCUGUCAGUGGUGUAGUCACCUCUCUGUCAGUGGCGUAGUCACCUCCCUGUCAGUGGUGUAGUCCCCUCCCUGUCAGCAUUGGAGUUACCUCCCUGUCAGUGGUGUAGUUACCUCCCUGUCAGUGGGGUAGUCACCUCCCUGUCAGUGGCGUAGUCACCUCCCUGUCAGUGGUGUAGUCAUCUCCCUGUCA